CAUUAGGGAAGUGGGUGAAAGGAGGAUGUUAGCCAAGUUUUACGGAAAAUUUCUCUCAACUCCUGCAUCACGCUGUGGAGGGUAUUUGAAGAAGCAGCAGGUUUCCAUUUUUGACAGGAGUGAAGAGAUGUUUAUUUCUAAGACAUCCUUGGAGCUGAUGACAGAGUGAUGGGGAAAACAGGAGUGCAGACAUCUUCUUUGAAACUUUUAAUAUGAAAGAUGGAGGAGUCAAGCACUGCUUUCACCUCCGAGUAUAAUGACAGCACCUCGACAUGGACACCCAUGGCCUCUGCUCCCAGCAGGCAGCUGGACACACUUCCCAACCCGCUGACUCGAUUCAAAGACCUGACAGGACUGCUUUUCAUGGUGACCCUGAACGUUCUCGCACUUCUGGCCAACACCGCAGUGAUGGUGGUCGUUAUCAAAGCCCCUCAUCUCAGGAAAUUUGCCUUUGUGUGCCACCUCUGUGCAGUGGACCUGCUGUGCGCCAUCUUGCUCAUGCCUCUCGGCAUCGUGUCCAGCUCGCCGUACUUCGCAGAGGUCGUGUUUACUGUGCUGGAGUGCCAGAUCUACGUCUUCCUCAACGUAAUCCUCAUAGCUGCCUGUAUCUUCACCAUCACAGCCAUCAGUGUGGAACGGUACUACUAUAUUGUCCACCCCAUGCGCUAUGAGGUCAAGAUGACCCUGAAGCUGACUUCGGCUGUUGUGGUGAUGGUGUGGGUGGCUUCGGCCAUUCUGGGCUUUUCCACUGUUUUCGGAUGGCCGUCUUACGGCCUGAAGUCCAUCAGUGCUGCACACUGCUCUCUUCACUGGAGCCACAAGGACCACAGGCGUAUUUUCUCUGCUCUCUUCAGCGUCACCUGUUUCUGUCUGCCAGCUGUGGUGAUCUUCGCUGUCUACUGCAAUGUGUACAAGGUGGCCCGAGUGGCGGCGCAGCAGCAUGGGCCUCUGCCCUCAUGGACGAACACUCAGGUCAAGCACCGCUCAGACUCCAUAAACAGUCAGACGACCAUCAUCACGACUCACCCCGCCCCUCGCAGGAUAACAAGAGAUCGGCCUUUUAUUGGCAGUAAAGCUGCUCUGACCCUCAUGAUUAUUGUUGGCCAGUUUCUAAUCUGCUGGCUGCCAUACUUUGCCUUCCACCUCCAUCUGAUACUGAACUCAAAACCUCACACACCUGAUGAUUUGGAGGUAGUGGUGACCUGGUUGGCGUAUUCUUCCUUUGCUAUGAAUCCUUUCUUCUACGGACUUCUAAACAGACAGAUCCGCGAGGAGCUGUGUAAGUUGAGGCGCUGCUACUCAACAUACCCGACAGACCCGGCCUUUUCCAGCCACGAGGGCUCGGGCCAUGAAAACUUCCUGCAGUUCCUCCAUAGGACCAGUUGCACGAUAGAGACACGUGCAAGCUUUGCAAUGCCCAGUCCCAGAACCACUCUGGAUCAAACUGGGCAGACUGGUUUCAGGAUACCAGGUCAGAUUCCAGAAGAGUUGAACUAGAUGUACCUCACAGCUUUGACACGAUGUUGAUAACCUGCUGGAGUGUAGAAGUCAUAUAAAAUAGCGUGUUUUAAUUACUACCAGCAAAUCUUCACACAAAAACAUGAAAAACAUAAUUUGUUAUGUCUUUUAAAACUUGAUACUGUAAAAUCUGUAAAAGCUCUGAAAUGAUCGUAAAGUCAUUAAUGCUUUUCCAAACAAACUCUACUUUUAUAAACUAUUUAUAAGCUACAACUUAAUAGUUCUAGUUUCAGAAAGAGGGGGUCUGUGUAUAUAAUAUUGUUAGUUCGGAAGUCUGAAUCAGUCAACAGGUUUACAUACAAAUCAUAGAUCUUGUAGGUUGGAUUCGGGAUCUAAUUAUUAAAAGUGGAUCGCUCUUCCUUUUGUAAAAAUAUUUUUACAGCCUAAAGAGAGCAUGUUAUUUUAUAAUUUCAUUUAAAUACAAGUAAUAUUCUGCAAGGAAUUACUUGAUCAUUUGUUUAAAUAUUUUUCUUUUCCUAUGAAUUUAAUGAUUAUAGAAAAGCUGUGAUCUUUUACAUCAUCAUAUGAAUCUGUUUGUGUUUAGACAUUUUUUUCUGAAAACAGAUUGUCAUUCACCUUGGUACAUUUCUCUUUAGCUUAUACAGUCUUAAUUUAUACAGUUUUAAUUUAAAACAUUUUUUUUUACAUUUCGACAAUAAACAGUCAUAUAAUCUCUCUUAGUGAACAUGUUGGUGUAGUGUACGACAGUAAAAAGUGAAUUUGAAUGGUAGCAUAUUCAUUUGUAAGAAUGGUCCAGUCAAAGUCCAGACCAAAAUUCAAUUGAAGAUAUAUGGAAAAAGUUACAAAUUGCUGUAUUCAGGCACUUACAUCAAAUUUUUUGAGCUUAAGUUAUUUUGAAGAGAACAGGGUUAAAAUGUGUAAAGACAUACCCAAACAGACUUGCAGCUGUAAUUUCGAUAAAAGGUGGUAGCCUUGAAUUACCUUGAAUAAAAAAAAAAAUCCUCAACACACUUUUCAGAUUUUUAUUUGUAAGAGAUUCUUAUGCCAUGUUUACUUUUCCAUCUACUUUACAGUUAUGUGCUAAUUCAUGUUGGUCUUUCCUGUUAAAACACAAUAAAAAAAAAAGAUAAU